AUGGCCUCUGGCAUAAACAAGGUUCAUCAGCCCGGGACUUACAAUGGAUCUAAAGCUGCUCGCAGCAUCUCGGCAGAGGAAUGCAAUCAGGAAAUGCAGAUGAAGAUGUGCAAGAAGAUCGCACAGCUCACUAAGGUAAUAUAUGCCCUGAACACUAAGAAUGAUGAGCACGAGGUUAGUAUACAGGCUCUGAGAGAGGCUCAUGAAGAAGAAAUUCAGAACAUUCUUGCUGAGACAAGAGAAACAAUUCUCCAGUGUAAAAGCAAAGCUGAAGAAGAACAGUUGCUGAGAAAACGUAUUCAGGCCCUUGAAACUGCAGUAGAACAACACAAAAAACUAAAGGAAGAAGCCCUGGCAGAAUUGAUGUUGUGUAAGAAGCAGGUGGAAGACAGGGAGCCAAGAACAGACAUGAAACAAGCACAGACAUUCCUUCCUACAGUCAUGGCAGAUUCCAGUGCAGACUUUGAAACCAAGCUUCUGCACUUAAAUCAUCAGUCUGAUGGACUGCUAAAUGAAUGCAAAGCACCUAGGAGAGAAAAUGUAGAUAAAAAAGUAAUUCUAGAUGAAAAAUACAGCAUGGAAAGAAAAGUUCCAGUAAAUGAGAUGGAAAACCUGAAGAGUGAGAACUGGAGAGCAAGUGAAGAAUAUACUCAGAGAACAAGCAAACUGCUCUCCUAUGAGAGAGAAAAAGAGACUUUGAAAAAGGCUAUGCAGCAAUCUGUGAUAGAAACAAAGAAUUGCCAGCAAAGAAACAUGGAACAAAGGAAGAGUUCAGAGGCUGAGGAAUGUUUUUUGCUACAGCAGGUAAAGAAGCUGGAGACAGACCUGGAGGAGAAAAGCCAGAAGAUAAAUGAGAGGAAGAAGCAUUCCCAGAAGCUGAAGGAGAGGAUACAGGAGCUCCAGACACAGCUAGAGGAAUUUAAAAGAAAAUCUGAGUGUGAACUAAGAGAACUAGAGAAAGAGAAGGAAAUCCUAACUGGGAAACUUCAAAACUCUUCACUUGAGGUGGCUCAGCUGAAGCAAAUAUUAGACCAGCAAGCAAAUAAUUUCAAGGAGACACUGAAGAGACAUAACCUACAGUCCCACAAAGAGAAAGAGAAGCUUUUGCAGGAUCUUCAAAACACCAUUAAAGAAAACCAGAAUGUUAAACUGCAGCUGGAGGCAUCACAUCUAAAAGUCUUAAAAAUGUUGGAGAAAAGCAAAAAUCAGGAACUCAAGGAGGCAGAAGAACGUUUGAAAAAAGAAUUUAAUGAGACUCUCAAGAUCCAACAUCAGUCUCAUAAGCUGGAAAUGCAAACCUUGGAAGAGAAAGCAAAGAAAGAAUUACAUGAUGAACUUGAACAGAUACAGAAGCAGCAAACCCUGUUGCUAGGAUCUCUGAGAAUGGAACUCUCUGAGCAACAGACUUCAUGCACUGAUCUCAAGAAACAAAUAGAAGAACUCCAGACAGAGCUGAAGAGUGUGAGGACACUGAAGAAGAAGCAGGAAGGGAGUAGCCAGAGCCAGAUCAGAUCUCUUCAUGAUGAACUGGAAAAAUGUCAGACUGAAAUUUCUGAACUCAAGAAAGAGAAUUUACUUUUGAAGGACACAAUGGAGCUACUGAGUGCUGAGCUGGAGUCACAGAAGCAAGAAACUGUGCAGCUUCAGGACAGAGAGAAACAGUACAGAAGACUUAAAGAAUUAGAAGAAAAGGCAAGAAAGUGGGAGUCCAGAUCAGAAGAUACACACCUUGUAAGUUGUCUGCAAGACAAAUUAAAUGAGAGAGAAGAGAUCAUCAAGCAGCUGGUGGAAGGAAGAAAAUUUCAGCAUUCACUUUUACCCAACACUGAAUCUCACAGGAAUCGAUCAUUUUCUUUCAACCCUAACACAGGAUGCUUGACUUCUUCCAUGAAGCAGCAGAAGAAAAGAGCUGAGGUGUGCAGUCGUGUUGUCAGUGUUCCGAAUUUAGCUUCCUACGCAAAGAGCUUUUUGAGCUGUGACUUGAGAUCAAAAAGAAGUGCUCCUCAAAUAAAAAAAUCUACAAGCUUAGACCAGAGUCCUGGCUGCCUCAGGGUGGGCUCUCCAUCAGCACAGUCCUCAGACAACAUUGCUGCCUCAAGGGCACAAGGCAAUGAACCACCACAAACCAAAGAUGACCAAAAACAAGACCCUCAGCAUCAAGAAUGGUUUACUAAAUAUUUUUCAUUUUAAAGCAAACUAUAUCCAUACUUCUCAGAAUUACUGGAAAAGCUAUUCCUGCUUUCUUUUAGAGAAUGAUAAUUUAAUAUGUGAUUUAGGAAAAAAACCAAUGUAUUUUCCAAGUAAAUAAUUAGAAACAACUGCACCCUCUUCAUUGCUAUGGAGUUAUAGGCAUGGAUUUCAGAAAAAUAUGUUUUUUCUACCAAUCUCUUU